AUGGAGUUCAACGUUCCUGAAGACAGUUGGGCAAUACACAAGAGACACAUCCAAUCGACCUCCAAUCUCUUUGCCCUCCCACCAGAUGUCCUGGAGACAAUUUGCGAAUACGCAUUAAGCUUACUUGAGAGCAUAGUUAUCGUCCUCGGUUCGAAGACAAGCCUAUUUCCGGUAUUUCCACUGCUCGACCUUGUCAAGAGGCGUUCAAAACUCCUCGGCGUUGUCGCGCCUAGUAUCUACACUUCGAACACGUUCACAUUUCUUGCGAAUGUUCAUAAGAAACGCGCAACAUAUGGAGAUAUGUCACACGCUUUCUUUUUGUUGAGGACGGACGUGCUCGGCAUCCGGACGACCGUCACGACAACUCUAGAGACGUUUCGCAAAGUCAAAGAAGAAGCAAAACGGAGACCUGGAAAGAGAUUGGCGAGGCCGAGGUUUCACUAUGCUACCCACGAUAUGAGCAAUCCAACAAAAGCAGAAGAGCGCGGUAAGUAUUACGCUAGGUGGCUCAAGCAUCUAGUGCCUGUGGGCGAGAAAACUUGGGAGGGUGAGAUGACUGAUGACGGAAAUCGAGUUCCGGGUAGCUUGAUCAGGGUGUGGGAUGAUCUGAGGAUCGCGCUAUUGGGUGAAGGUCUGAGAGCUGCGUGGUGA